UGGAAAUGCAAAAACUAGCAGUAGUUCUGUUCUACGUGAUCCUUACCGGAUGUCCCCAUGGAUUUCAGGCUUUUUCCCCGAAAUGUGCGAAGCCAGGGAGUCCUGAACACGAAUUAGAGGCGCACUGCGAUAACAACUGCUACACAAUUAUUUUGCCAUUUAUGGUCAGCGUGCAACAGUUACAGGAUGAACUGGAUUGGCGUAAGAUGUAUCCAGGAUUCGAGAAGUUGGGAUACGGACUCUUCUACGUCGAGCAGGCAAGACUUGUGAACUGGGCCGAGGCCAUUGCAGCUUGCCACAAAAGGGGGGCACAGCUAGCUGAAUUCGAUGACGACCUGGAGUUCCAGGCGGUUAAGAAAAAACUUACCCGCAAGGGCAGGUAUUGGCUGGGCAUUAGAUACUGGUCGGGUAGCUUCAAAUCCAACGCCACCGGGCUGCCAGCCCGCUUCUUAAACUGGGAUUUUGGCGAACCCAACACAACAAAUGACCACGUUUGCGCUGCCACAAGUUUUGGCCGAUCACUGUUCAUGGAGCUCUGUCAUCAAAAAUAUAACUAUAUUUGUAAGGUCGAGUUACCUUUAAGAAAGAAGUAAGCGAUUUAAAAGUUGUACGGAACCAUUUUAAAUGUAUUGAAAUACACAUAUCCG